AUGUUGGCCGGGACAGAUAUAUUAGAUUUUCCUGAAAAUUCACAUUAUCAAGUCAAUUUCUCUUGUCAAUACAUUGGUGGUCCAAUCUGGAUAUUUGCUGUUAAAAUUCACACGCAUCGACAAGGUCGUCUUGCAUCGUUGUAUCGUGUUCGUAAACGGAGUAUUGGCCCUAAUCAAGUCCAAUUAAUAUUUAAAGGAAAUCCCCAAGAAUUUCAAUCUUUUAAUAAGUUACCGCUCAAAAUAUUCGUGGGUGAUACUGAUUAUCUCAUAGGAAAAUGCGUUUAUGAUAAUGAUGAUGGAUCAAAUAUUCGUGAACGGUAUGUCUGAUUUCAUCGAAAUACAUAGACGCAAUAUUAUUGCAACAAAAAUGGUUUCUGCAAUAAUCUUCACUAAUAAGUAGUUUAUAAAGAAUAAUUCAGCUCUUUUUCUGUCCUUGAUCCACUUGACUAGUAUUUGAAGGCUCUGUCCUGGGCUUAAAACGGUCUUGCUUUGCAAAACUAUGUAUAUCUGCUAUUAACAGAUUGUCUGAAUAGAUUUGAAAAAAUAAUAUAGAUUAAGCACAGGUGAAAGACAUAACUGUGACGUAUUUGAGGGCAUCUUCCAUUUGGCCGAUAGGCCUUUCUUGGUUGUUUCCACACAAAACAGAUAUAUGGAACUCUAUUACUACUGAGUUACCUUUUAAAUAUACUAUAGACGUAUUUAAGCUUAUCGGAUAAAUUUUAUAUAGUUAUACAAACGUCACUUUGAAAAAACUGUGCAACUUAAAUAGAGCAUAGGAAUCAACAGGUAAAAUCUGUAUGACUGUACAAAAACGUAUUCGAUAGGUCCGAAAAUACUCGGGAUGCUUCGCUCGCCAGAUAACUCUGAAAAAGCACUCUGAAUUCGUGCAGUAUAUCGGCGACUUAGAUAUAGAAAUAAUCCAUCAUUUGGGGAUCAUUCAUAACAAAAUAUUAAGAUAAAUGUUGUCUUUUCACUAAAUGAUGCUUAAACGAGUAUGUCAUACAACCUGCUUCUUCUCUCAUGGUUAUAUCUCGCCUGUGCUUCUUAUUAUUACAUUAUUUUUUCAUAUAGAAGUUGAAACAACAAAGAGUAACAUUUCUUAUCUAGAUGUGAAAGAAU